AUGAUGGAACAAAAAAUUUUGUUCUUAUUUAUUAAAAUUUCAACGUUUGUACUUUUACCUUGGGUAUGUAACUUUUACAUUGAUAUGAGCUCUUUAAAUAAAAAUUUGGAUGAAAAAUGCAACCUUCGUAAAAAAUUAAAUACUAGAAAUAAUCGGUUAUUAGCAAAACAUAAACAGGAUAAGUAUUCAAGUAAUGAAAGUUUUAAGGAAGAAAUGUCAAAUAAUGAAGUGAAAGAAAAAAAACAUAUAUCUAAUAAUAAAAAAGAAACAAGUAGAAAACAUAAACAUUCAUGUAGAAGUCCAUUAUAUAAGGAGGAAUACAGUAUAAAUGAUAAGAAAAACAAAUUUCUUAUGCGUAAAACAAGUAAGUAUUACGAUUUUGAAAAAAAAAUAUUUAAAAACCUUGAUCAUGAAAAUUACGUUAAAAAUAUCAAAACUAUUGAAAAUAAGGAAUAUAAAAAACUAGAACGUAAAAAGCGCAGAAUACGAAUUGCUUUUCUUUUGUUAUUUAUCUUAAUAUUAAUACUACCCAUAAUAGAUCUUUCGUUAGAAAAAUUAGUGGAUGGUGGUUUGUUGGGCUUAUUACACAUGUUAUACAUAACUAGAUCUCAAGGUAAUGUGUUGGGAGUAGAAGGGGUUUUACCUUCAUUGUUAGGCAGUGGUAAAUGGGGUAAUACUGACAAAAUGCGUGUAUUACCUAUUUUCUUUUAUGGAAUACCUUUCCUUAUAUUUAUUGUCAUAUUUAUAUUAGGGAUGGUUUAUUACUAUAAAAAAGUUAUAAAAUAUGAAAAUAUUAAGUUCAGAGAAAGAUUAAAUAUGAAGUAA